AUGCCGUCGCUUUCCCGUUCGCGUCUCCUCCAGAGCAUCCUUGGCAAGCUGGGAGCUCCUGGUCCAUCCCUACCAUCCACCGUCCAUGUGUGGAGUCUGCGGAAUCAUGUGGCGCAACAGGGCCGACAGCUGCGGCUGGUGUCUUCCACCACCGGAUUCCAUAAUGUGCCCCGUCCGUCGAAAAGCGUUCAGAUAGACAACAGUGCUUCUGCUGAUUCGCAACAACAUGAUCAGCAGAAUACCCUGAUUCUGCAAGAAUUUUUCCGAGGGAAUGAUAACUUUGCGCAGCGACAUAUCGGUCCGCGGGAAGCCGAGCGUGAUAAGAUGCUGAAUUUUAUUGGAUGCGAGGACUUUCAAGACCUGCUGAAGAAAACUUUACCAGAAGACAUCCUUUUGAACCGAGAACUGCAGAUGGACGCUCCUUUAGGCGAAUAUGAUCUAAUGAUGCGAGCAUGUGAAUUGGCUGCUCAGAAUGAAGUUUGGCGCUCAUAUCUCGGCCUGGGAUACUAUAACACCCGCACAGUCGCUCCCAUUGUCCGUAAUAUUUUGGAAAAUCCAGGAUGGUACACUCAGUACACGCCCUAUCAGCCGGAGAUUUCACAGGGACGACUGGAGAGCCUGCUGAAUUACCAGACAAUGGUCAGCAGUAUGACUGGGCUGCCGAUAGCCAAUGCGUCCCUGCUGGACGAAGCCACGGCUGCUGGAGAGGCCAUGGCUCUUGCAUUCCGGCAGACGAAGAGGAAAAAAUUCUUUUUGGAUGCCAAAAUGCAUCCACAAACCAUCGCAGUUGUGAAGGCUCGUGCCGAGCCGAUUGGAGUAGAGGUGGUAUCUGGAUCGUUUUUGGAAGCGGACCUUUCCGGAAAAGAUUUUGGUGGUGUGUUGUUCCAGUAUCCGGAUACAGAAGGCGGGGUUCCAGAUUUUGAACGCUUGAAGCAUGCAAUUGCCAAAAUAAAAGCUCAGGCAAUUGUGGGUUGUGCCACUGAUUUACUAUCUCUGACGUUGUUGGUUCCGCCCGGUGAUUUGGGAUGUGAUAUCGCUGUGGGCAAUACGCAGCGGUUCGGGGUUCCUUUGUUUUUUGGAGGGCCGCACGCGGCAUUUUUCAGUGUAGCUGAAAAAUAUAAACGUCAGAUGCCGGGUCGCAUGGUGGGCGUUACCAGAGAUCGGAACGGGGCAGUUGCAUACCGACUUGCUCUCCAGGCACGGGAGCAACAUAUCCGGCGGGAUAAAGCGACCAGCAAUAUAUGCACUGCACAGGCGCUGUUGGCGAAUAUGGCGAGCAUGUAUGCGGUUUACCAUGGUCCAGUCGGGCUCCGUCGCAUCGCAUCCAAAUGUCAUGCGUCCGCUUUACUGGCCGCCGACGUGCUACAGCACUGUGGUUAUGUUCUCCGCCACAAAACAUUUUUCGACACUAUUAAACUGGGCGUACCGGACAGCAAUCCCAGCAUUAUGCGGCAAAUUCAAGAGCGUGCGCGAGAAAAAAAGAUUAACUUCCGCUACUACGACGAUGGUGACAUUGGGGUGGCCAUGGAUGAGACCGUUACGCAGAAGGAUCUGGAAGACAUACUAUAUGUGUUUGGAGUCCGAACGACGAUUCCGGAUGCUUUACGAGAAAUCACGGGGUCCGAUAAGCUGCCCGAUACGGGAAAGAAAGUGCAGGCUGCAUUACCUGGUUCUAAUCUUAUCCACAUGGAUCAUCCUUGGAGACGUCAGUCAGAAUACCUUGAGCAGCCAAUUUUCAAUAUCCACCAUUGUGAAACAGAAUUGACGAGGUAUAUUAAACGACUGGAAAAUAAAGACAUUUCUCUGGUGCACGCUAUGAUCCCCCUCGGCUCCUGCACGAUGAAACUGAAUGCAGCGUCAGAAAUGAUGCCCGUAUCUCUGCCAGGCUUCGCUAACAUCCAUCCAUUUGUUCCGCACGAGCAGACGAAAGGAUAUCAAACGCUGGUUAAGGAAUUGGAAAGAGAUCUUUGUGAAAUCACGGGAUACGAUAAAUUUUCAUUUCAGCCAAACAGCGGUGCUGCGGGAGAAUAUGCCGGCUUACGAACCAUAAUGGCAUAUUUGAAAGCCACAAACCAAGGUCAUCGCAACAUCUGUUUGAUUCCCGCUUCGGCGCAUGGCACUAAUCCCGCCAGUGCUCAGAUGGCUGGAUUGAAAGUGGAGGUGGUAGCUUGCACAAAGGACGGGACGAUCAACGUGGAAGAAUUCAAGAAGAAGGCGGAACAGCACCGCGACAGACUGGCAUGCGCCAUGAUUACGUAUCCUUCUACCAAUGGAGUCUUCGAAGACACCAUUCGGAAUAUGUGUGAUCUUGUCCACAAAUGCGGUGGGCAGGUGUACCUGGACGGAGCUAAUCUUAAUGCGCUAGUUGGACUGGCUCGGCCUGGUGAUUUUGGUUCCGAUGUAUCGCAUUUAAAUCUGCACAAAACGUUCUGUAUACCGCACGGUGGUGGUGGACCAGGCAUGGGACCCAUCGGAGUGAAAUCGCAUUUAGCUCCAUUUUUACCGGACCAUCCCUUUUCAUCGGAUAAGACAAGCACAUCGUGCGGAGCCGUCAGUGCGGCACCCUUUGGAUCGGCAGGGAUCCUUCCGAUAUCCUGGGCGUAUAUAAAAAUGAUGGGAGCGAAAGGGCUCCAUCGUGCUACGGAGAUCGCCGUGCUCAGCGCUAACUAUAUGGCCCACAAGCUAAGCAGCCACUACCGAAUCCUUUGCCGUGGAACACAUGGAUAUGUUGCUCAUGAAUUCAUCCUGGACUGUCGCGGGUUUAAAGAAUCUGCCGGAAUCGAAGCUGUAGAUAUAGCGAAGCGUCUGCAAGAUUACGGUUUUCAUGCUCCAACGAUGUCAUGGCCGGUCACUGGGACUUUAAUGGUGGAACCAACGGAAUCAGAAACAUUAGCUGAAUUGGAUAGGUUUUGUGAUGCUCUUAUCAAUAUUCGGAAAGAAAUCUCUGAGAUUGAAAGUAUCCCGGCGGGAUCGUCUCGUAACGGAUGGACACGGGAGGUGAAUCCGUUGAAAAUGGCACCGCAUACGCAGUGGGAUAUCGGCGGCGGCGGCAAGGACUGGAAACUGCCGUACUCGAUCAGCACAGCAGCCUUCCCGACGAACAAGAUAACCCCGACCAACAAAGUCUGGCCGGGCUGUUCGAGAGCGGAUGAUUUGUUUGGCGACCAGAAUCUGAUAUGCGCAUGUCCUCCGACGGAGUUGUACGUGGCGGGCCAGCCACUGGCGGAUGAAAAACCGGCGCAUUAAUUUUCGCUUCGCUCAUUUUAUGUGAAUCUGUAUGCGUGUACGCUUUCCAUUAAAACACUAAUGGCCUUUUGCGAUAGUGUAAUAGCAUUUAGUAUUUCUGUGGUAGUAUUUUGAGCAAAUCGUUCGUAAUCGAUAUGUUGUGAUAGCAGUUUCAUAUUUUUUGCUUUUAUUUGCGUUUAUUUAGAUUUAUUAUUUGGUUAUCGUUAUCAAAAGUUGAUGAUAAUCGUUGGAA